AUGUCAUCUCAAACCAACCCCACAAUCCUCCUCCUAGGAACAUGCGAUACCAAAAUCGCCGAACUUCUCUAUACAAAAUCAAGCAUAGAGGAUCAAAAAGUCACUGUCCUCCUAAUGGACAUAGGCCGGGUUCAAUCUUCAGAUCCCAAUAUAAUGAUAACCCAAGAGACGAUCCUACAACAUGCCCCUUCACAGAAGGUCGACAUGAGCUCUCUCCCCCGAGAUGAGUACAUCAAUUUCCUCACUCAGCCAGCUAUUGAUACCGUUCAAUUCCUGGUCAAAUCAGGAAAUAUCCACGGUAUUCUAGGUAUAGGUGGCUCAUGCGGCACGGCUCUCGCAACGGCCAUCAUGCAGAGUAUGCCGCUUGGCUUUCCAAAGUUAAUGGUCUCCACCAUGGCGUCGGGAGAUAUAUCGCCGUACAUUGGUUCAACGGACAUCGCAAUGAUGUAUUCUGUCGUCGAUAUUGCUGGUCGAAACAGCGUGUUGGACAUGGUGCUUCGUAACGCUGCGGGAGCCGUCGUGGGAAUCAGCCGAGGAUAUCUCGAGCGGUUACAGGAAAAGAAAGAACCUAUAAGAUCCGCUCCCAAGGUUCGCGUUGGAAUCAGUAUGUUUGGGGUAACGACACCAGGCGUGACAAAGGCCAGGGAGCAUCUUGAGGAGUUCUUCGGGAAACAAGGAUGCGAGAUAUAUGUCUUUCAUGCGACGGGGUCUGGAGGACGAGCGAUGGAGCGACUUAUUGAAGAGGUUCAGUUGGAUGCUGUGCUUGAUAUGACGACCACCGAAAUUGCGGAUGAGGUUGUGGGUGGAGUUCUAAGUGCUGGUGAUAAAAGGCUCUGUGCCGCGACUUCGAAGGACAUUCCGAGAGUCGUCAGCGUUGGAGCAUGUGAUAUGGUGAAUUUUGGGCCUUUUGAGACUGUUCCUGAAACUUGGAGGGGACGCAUGCUUCAUCGACAUAAUCCUACUGUGACUGUCAUGAGGACUACAGCGGAAGAGUGUAAGAAAAUUGCCAAAGUAAUUGCGAAAAACCUUCGGGGGGUGGGUGACAAUACAGAAGGGCAAAGAUCAAUCGCGAAAACAAAGGUGUUUCUUCCAGUCGGUGGGCUGAGUAUGCUCGACGUUCCUGGUCAGCUAUUUUGGAACCCCGAUGCGGACGAAGUUCUGUUUUCAACCCUUGAGAAAGAACUGGAAGGAAGUGGGAUUGAAGUUAUUCGAGACGAGCGUGAUGUUAACGAUCCGGGAUUCGCAAAGCGGUUAGCUGAUGAGCUGUGUUCUUUGAUUCUCACAGAGAGGAAGUACUAG